GUGUGUGUAUGUGAGAGAGACAAAGAGUGGGUGUAUGUGAAAGAGAGAGAGAGAGACAAAGUGUGUGUGUGGGUGGGAGAGAGAGAGAGUUGUGUGAGGGAGAGAGAUAGAGAGCGUGUGUUAGCGAGUUUUGAGAAGAUUUGUAGCUCGGGUUGAAGUUCUGGAUGUGAGUUUGCUCGCUGAGCUGGAAGGUUAGUUUUCAGACGUUUCAUCACCAUUCUAGGUAACAUCAUCAGUGAGCCUCUGACGAAGCCUGUCUUUGAUGGUGUUCAGGAUGUCAUGGGUGGAGCGAAUGGAGUGGUGGGAGUCUUCUACUAGGUGUUUUAGUCUUUGGCGUAGUUCCUUGGCUAAUCUGUAGGCUGGUGUUCCAGGUAGUGAGACUAUGGGUCUGAGGGGGGCUCCUGGUUUGUGAAUUUUUGGUAGUCCGUAGAAGCGUGGUGUGUUGGAUCCAUCUGGUUUCAUUUUUUUUAUAAAUUCUGUGGACUACCUGUUUCUUUGUCACUUCAUCUGAUGAAGGGGUGAUACUCCAAAAGCUUAUGCAUUCAAAUAAGCCCACUGGACUAUAACUUGGUGUCGAGAGAUCAUCUCUAACAAGAAACAAUCCUCACGUAGUCUGAAUGUGGAAGCAAACACGUCUGUUUCACCAAGAAUACAGUCACUAAGGAUCGAUGAAGAUAUUCAAGUUGAAAUGAAAUGUCCCAUAAAGCCCUAAGUCCAAGAAGUGGGAAUUCGAUCAUUGCUUGGCUGACCAAUAAGGAUGAAAUUCCGAAUAAAUAGGAGGGAUUGGAAUAAGAAUAAAUGUUUCUUUCCUUUCACAUUGAUCUUAUUCAUUUUGGCCAUUCAUUGGGCCACGUUCUUUGGAUCAUCGCUCCAACUGGGAAAAUUCCACAUUGACAUCACCUCCCGACUAUUCAGAAAAGUUGUUAAAUUUGAUUUUGCACACUCUCAAACUGAACAUUGCUCAACCUGGCUGUCAAGAAACAAUAAUUUGUCAAUCCUCCCAAAUUUUAUUCAAAAUACCGAUGUAUUUUUAACAAUUGAGGGUGGAUGGUGGUACAAGCCAAACUAUCUGCAUCAUUCACUACCCUAUGGGAUUAAAGGCAAUGAAGUGGUUGUCAAAAAGAUAUUGGCCCGAACACAGUUCAACAUGCCAAAGGAGAUAGACAGGUUAAAUUGUAAACGAUGUGUUAUCGUUGGCAAUGGAAACACUCUGAGGAACAGCUCCUUGGGAGAAACAAUCAAUAAAUACGAUGUUGUUAUUCGAUUAAACAAUGCUCCAGUGAGAGGCUAUGAAAAGGAUGUUGGAAACAAAACUACUCUAAGGAUCUUUUACCCAGAAUCAACAAUUGAAGAUCCCACCGUUGAAAACAAUCUUGAUACACUGUUUGUGCUUGUACCAUUUAAGGCAGCCGACAUCAACUGGUUGAAGGCCAUCGUAUACAAUGAGACAAGAAUUACAACAGGAUUCUGGAAAAGACCAGCCUUCGUAAAGAAUUUGGACCCUGCCAAGGUUCGGAUACUCAACCCCUAUUUUAUGUAUCAAGCUGCAACAAAGUUACUGGAUCAACCGAACAUGAUUAAACGGAGAGGAAAUCAUCCAACCACUGGGUUUUUAGCCAUCACAUUGGGUCUGAACUAUUGUGAUGAAGUUGAUGUUGCCGGAUUUGGUUAUCCAUUGAAUCAAAAAGAUGGGAGGAUUCAUUACUUUGAUCGGCUGAGCAUGAAACAGAUGGCAAACUCUGUGCACAAUGUCACCCAUGAACACCUGUUUUUGAAAAAGCUGAAGAAUGCUGGAGUGAUCAAAUGCCUCACUUAGCAAUCACAAUGACUUUUACAAUAUUGGGAUGGUUUGCUUCCAAAUUAUCUGUCAGUAAUAUACUUUUCUCUGUGUUCUAUCCUCAUACAUAUUACGAAUCCCUCCACUCUGUGACCAUUUCUCUCCCUGCUCAACCACAAUGUUAGUUUCUGCAUUGACCUACUGAAAUAAGUCUGGAUUAGGUGCAACGUUCUCCACCUGCAGUGAACUGAUGGAAUGCCAUUGGAAGGAGGCAUUGUGCCAUUUCAUCCUCCUGUGAUUGAAGUGGCAGUGUUAUCAUGAAUGGACUACGGGCCUAGUAUCACCACAGGCAUCAGGGCCCCAACUUUGGGGUGAAAAUCGGGUUGAUAAAUCCAGGCCACACACCAAUACCUCCAUGCCCCACCAUCAAACUAAGGCCAGCAGCUGGUCUCCUGUUUGCUGCUGGCCCAAUCAGAUGAGCCGAAGUUCCAGCAACUCCAACAUAUGUGGUGGCCUCAGCCAGGGCAGCUUGGUGCCCUUGGAAGCCAGGCUAAGGAAAUGUGAAAAAGAAUUACAAGGUUAGGAGUCCAGCAGGGACGGGAGAAACCUCUCUGUGCAGAUUGUUGACACUGCAGAGACUGCCUUUCCUGCCCAUGGCCCACUUUUUGGGUCAGUAUGCCUCCAGCAAUCCCCUUCACUUCCAAUCCUGAAUCUUGCAGAGUCAGAAGGAUCUAAAAGUUUGGCCUAAUGUAUUAAUGAUGCCUCACACACAGUGGAAUCUAGCCGGCUCACUGCUUCCAAUUGCAUUCAUGUUCUUUUUUUACUGCAGUAAGGGACAUUGACAAUCGACAGUUUCUGUCAAAUUAGUUGAAGGGCACCGUGACAAGGCCUAGCAUGGGAUAAAGUUGCACAGAAUUAGCGAAUGGUGGAGAGGUGGAUGGGCUGGGGAAAAGCUACUGGAUAAUAAAAGUUGUGGGGGGUUUGGAUAGAGCUGUAUGGGAAAUCGGACACUGUGAGGGAGAAAGGUUUCUCGUUACUAUUGUUGACCUGUCUUCUUCUUUUUAAGUUUCUGACAACAUGGCAAACAAUUUUGUUUCUCUUCCUUUUCAAGCAGCUGCUGGGCUUCCUUGAUGGUAAUGGCUAUUUUAACAGGAUUGCGGGUUCUUAAGUUCCAGCCAAGUGCUGGGUACAAGUAGCAAAAUAACUGUAUGGCACUAAAAAAUGACAGCUGCUAUUGUUAGAAUGAUGACUUGGGUAAUUAGAAGAUUUCGAAGCCAUUAAGCCAUGAAAAUGUGAAUACCAAACAAUAUACUUACAGAGGGUACUGUUUUACAAAGAGAUGAGACAAUUACAUGAUAGAUCAUGCCAUUCUAAAAAAGUACAUGAAAUAAGACAUCAUGUGCUCAAACUGUGGAAGAAGUAGAUUAGCAACAACAUCCAACAGCAAAUGUGGGAAACUGACCGAGUAAGUUAACCACCAUUGAUUAAAAAUUCCACCCUAAUGUUUCUUUGACCUACAGGUGGAAGAAAUAGGUUCUCAUUCAUAUGUAUCUGACACUGCCUGUACUCAUUUAAAGAAGUGGCUUGCAGUAGAAAUAAACACAUAAAAUAAAAGAUAUCAGAAAAAGGAGUCGGCCAUUCAGCCCUUUAAACAGGCUCUGCCACUCAUAUGAUUAUGGCUGAUAAUCCAACUCCAUGCACUGUUCAUACUCUCUGCACUUUUUAAAAUCUCUUUAGCUCAAAAAAUUAUAUCCAACUCCUUGAAACAUUCGGUAUUUUGACCUAAACUGCUUUCUGAUUCAGUAGAUUCUUGAAGCUCACCAUUCUCUGGGUGAUGAGAUUUCUCUUCAGCUCAGCCAUAAAUGGCUGUGUCUGUAGCAUUAGACCAUGAUCCCUAGUUCUGGACAACCCAAUUAUCAGGAAUAUUCUUGCUGCAUUUGUCCUGUCUAAUGCUGUCAGAAUUUUACUGGUUUCUAUAAUGUCCUCCCAUACUCUUUUAAAAUCCAGGAAAUAUAGUUCUCAUUGAGCCAGUGUCUGCUCAUAUACUAGUCUUGCCAUCAGUCCAGUAAAAUUUUGUUCUACUCCUACCAGAGCCAGAACAUUUUUCCUCAGAUAAUGAGACCUUACUCCAGUGAAUAUAAUCUUCACCUCGGCAAACUCUCCCCAUAUAUCAGUCCAACAUAUCAUUUAUAUUCUUCACUGACUGCUGCACCUGCAUGCUUACUUUCAGCAACUAAUGUAAAGUGACAGCCAGGUCUCAAUGCGCCUCCCCCUUUCCCAAUCUAUUGCCUUUUAGAUCAUACCUACCUUCUGUUUUUGCCACCAAAGUGGAUAACUUCACAUUUCUCCACAUUAUACUUCAUCUGCCAUGCAUUGUCCAAAUCACAUUGCAACAUCUCUGCACCCUCCCAUGUUUCACUCUCCUACCCAGCUUUGUGUCAUUGACAAACUUGAGAUGUUAUAUUUAUUCCCCUAAUCUAAAUCAUUAGUGCAUAUUGUGAGUAGCUGAUGUACAGCACUGAUCUCUUUGGAAUCUCACUGGUCACUGACUAUCACUUGAAGAAAAACCUGUUUAUUCCUUCUCUUUCUCUGCCUACCAGUUCUCUAUCCACAUUCCCUACUUGCUUUUUUAAACAGUGGUGUUACUUUAGCAGCUGUCCAAUCUACAGGAACUGAAUCUAUAGAAUCCUGAAAGAUAUCAAGCUUCAGUGAUAGUAGGAACUGCAAAUGCUGGAGAAUCUGAGAUAACAAGGUGUAGAGCUGGAUGAACACAGCAGGCCA